UAUCACUGUAUCGAUGCAAUGGGUGAUAUCGCCUUUAUAACUGAAAUAAAACCGAGAAACUUCAUCUUAUAAAUCAGAUAGGAGCACUUAUUAGCAAAAAUGAGACAGCAGCGAGAGUGUAUUGUAGUGAAUAUGCGUUCGGUGAUAGUGCUGAUAAUCAUAUUCGUAUUAACCGGCAUAAGAAAUAGCGAGACCGCCAGCGGUGGCAACCAAAUGGAUCUGGCGGAUAUCAAAAGUGAUCCGCGCAAAGACAACAGCAAUACAGGCAACAAUAAUAACGACGAUAAUGUGGUGUUUGCACCAGCCCUGACGAACAUGGGCAGCAAAUCACCAGCGGCUAUCGACAACAACAACAGCAACAACACCACGAAUAUGCUAUGCCCCUUGGAUAAGGACACACCCUGUGAACGGUUGCAAUUCCCAUGCAUUCGAUGCACCUACAACUUCAAUUGCCUGUACGGCCGCGAUAUUAACAUCACAUGCGAAGCAGCCAACAAUGUACAGUGCAGUGGAGAGCGCUUGUUUCAACGUCAAAUGAAUUGUCGCUAUUGUUAUCAAACCGAAAUGUGGCAGCAGAAAUGUGAACAGCAUGCCAAUUGCAAUUCGGCUGCUGAUAAAUACUAUCGCACCAAUUGCACUGUGCACCAGGAUGUGCUUUGUCUGGGAAGUCGUUCGUUUACUCGCAAUUUGCGUUGCAACUGGACUCAGGGCUAUCGUUGGAGCACCGCGUUACUUAUCAGCCUUACUUUGGGCGGCUUUGGCGCCGACCGUUUCUAUUUGGGCCACUGGCAGGAGGGCAUUGGUAAGCUGUUCAGCUUUGGUGGCCUCGGCGUUUGGACAAUCAUCGAUGUGCUCUUGAUAUCCAUGCACUACUUGGGACCUGCCGACGGUUCACUCUACAUUUAAUCCGGCGAGCAGCCCCGCUGGGGAAAUCACCUAAAAU